CGGUCGCUGGUCGACCUCCGUGAGCUUCCCCGUCCCGUCCGCCGGUCGGACGUCCUGCCGUAUUCCACACUGCUGACUGUCCCCCGUCUCUGGGUGUGCUCCUGCAUCCGAGAGAAUUGUUUUAGUCCGGAAAUUUCCGGAGUUUUAGUGCGCUUCGGCACAUAUACGAAGACUAGCGGCUAGCCCCGCCCCCACCCCCCUCGAGGAUCUCGGAAGGCUCUCCGGUACGAUCUCAGCCGGCUGCGGCGAUCUCGGACCGUUUGCGAAGGAUCUCUAUAGUUUGUCCCUCCCGCUCCGUGCUGGCACGAGAUGGCCGGCGGGCUGGUUCCGAUGUUUGGACGCCUGCUGGCGGCCGGAUCGCCCUCGGCAAUUAAGACCAUCAGAGCUGGACUCAUGCUGGCAAACUCGCCCUACUGCAUCACGCUGCCCGACCGCAAGCAGCUGAGCGCGCUGAUCCCGAGGAGUGAGACGGACCCGUUCGGUGCAGAAGGUCCGCGAGCGGUGGCCCCACGCACCCCACAGAAGGCCCUGUCCAAGGAGGAGUUGGACCUGAAAGAGCUGGCCGAGACAAACUGUGAGAAGGCGCUGGAGAUCCUGCAGGCAGAUGGCUGGCAUCAGGUGGACUCAGAGGAAGAGGACGGACUCUUUGUCAGGGACAGUGGAGGACGCACUAUCUGGAAGUUCAGGACUGUCAUCAAAUGCUGCCCUGAAAAGUUCGCACAAGAGCUGCUCCACAAAUGUGAGAACUGCCCCUCGUGGAACCAGACCAUCCAGCAGUGUCAUCAGACCCACCGCAUUGCCGACGGUGUGGAGAUCAUACACCAGGUGACCGGCCUCCUGUUUGGAGGGGUCGUCUCGAAGCGCGAGUUCGUCAACUUGCGCCGCCUCGGCCGCCGCGGCGACAUGCACUACAGCGCCGUCGCCUCGAUCGAACACCGGGACCUGCCGCUGCGCAGCAGCUUCGUCAGGGCUUUGAACUUCCCGACAGUGCUCACGGUUAGUCCAAUGGACGGAGCACCCAAUCACUGCGUCGUAGAGGGCACGCUCAACUACGACCUGAAGCUGCGCAUGGUGCCGCAGCUGCUCAUCCAGCGGGGCACGCUCUCCGUCUGGCGCCAGCUACGCACGCAAAUGCUCGCACUGGCCGAGCGCGUGCGCGGUUGAUCCCGCCGCGCACGCCGUGACCUUUCGGCGCCGCGGGCGACGGCCGUCUGACCCCGUGACCUCGCCGCGCCGCGCGGCCCCUGCGAAGUGGACACCUAGUGCGUAGCACGCGCUAAGCCUGGGCCGGGUUUGUCGAGCAGCUGGACGAUGAGACGCCGCGCCCCUAGUUUGUCGACCUGCAGUCGGUUCAACAACACACCGCGUCGGAUCUGCAGCCAGAGAUCCGUUGCCAUUUAGAGAGCAUUGCUUUGAACGCAUCACAGAUUCAUAAAGUAGCAUGUGAUGUUUUUUAGCACUUUAUGGCGCAUUGUGAGCGUAAUGUGCUUUUUCUAGUGCCACAUGGCAUUCUAACAGGCACCACAACAGGCACCUCGAAUUUGGUGUGUGUGUUUGCAGAGCUGAAUGAUUGGUUGGUUAGCGAUAGCAACUCAAGAUCACUAGCCACAACUGGCUUCACACGAUCACAAUCCGCGUGUGAAAACCUGCAGCCAGUGUGUUGUGCGUAAUGUACGUAAUGGACCCUUGUCCGGCAGCUGAUCGCAACACAUGAGAGCAGCGCUGUCUGUGGACGCCAUGGGAUGCACUGUUCGUGCGUAAAGGUUAAAACAGAUGCCAUGCCUUCUUCAUGACUGACCAAUGGCGAUGCAUGUUGUGGGUAGCUGGGCUGCGUCUCUGUCCAAGGGUCAAAGUGACAGGAUUCCAGCAUCGCUUACCUUCCGUUGAACGGGGACACAGCGGAAGGAGACCAUUGAAGGUUUCUCAACAGUGAUGUUACGGCGUCCAGUUGACCUGGCAAUUUCUGUUCGGUAUCGCCCUCUCUCCUAGUGUGGUGAUCGUACUUCGAUUUCCCAACAUGGUAGGAUACAUGGCGAUCGCCUGCAUGUAUUGAUGUUUUGUAAGAUUUUUAAAAUAAAGCUGAGAAUGGAUUCGAUGGUGUAAGCUGCUGUCAACCUGUUCGACUUCCCACUGAUUGUUCGGAUAGCAUGGUGGUACCCUAGUAUACUAUUACCGCACAAUACAUGCCAUCAGUC